CCAUAUUUCAACUGGAACCAGUUUAUUUCCGAGGAAAGCUCCAGAGGCUACCCUAAACGGAUCCAUCGGAGACUAUGAGAGAGAGGAUAGUGGUAAAAGCCCGAGCUGGAUGGAUGGGUAUGGGGAGAGGGGCAGAAUCGACAGCCCUGGGAUUCUUCCAAAUCCUCCGUGUCUUUCUCUGCAUCUUUCCCACAGCCACCUCCCAGUGCAAGAUCCUGAAGUGCAACUCUGAGUUCUGGACAGCCACCUCUGGGGCUCACUACCUGGGCAGCGAGGACACACCGGAGUUCUGCACGGCCCUGCGGGCCUAUGCCCACUGCACCCGGCGCACAGCCCGCACCUGCCGGGGGGACCUGGCCUAUCACUCGGCCGUCCACGGCAUAGAGGACCUCAUGAGCCAGCACAAUUGCUCCAAGGAUGGCCCCACCACCCAGCCCCGCCUCCGCACCCUGCCCCCAGUCGACCCACAGGAGCGCUCAGACAGCCCUGAGAUCUGCCACUACGAGAAGAGCUUCCACAAGCACUCUGCACCCCCCAACUACACCCACUGCGGCCUGUUUGGGGACCCCCACCUCAGGACUUUCACGGACCGCUUUCAGACCUGCAAGGUGCAGGGGGCCUGGCCGCUCAUAGACAAUAACUACCUGAACGUUCAGGUCACCAACACCCCAGUGCUGCCGGGAUCUGCUGCCACGGCCACCAGCAAGCUCACCAUCAUCUUCAAGAGCUUCCAGGAGUGUGUGGAGCAGAAGGUGUACCAGGCGGAGAUGGAUGAGCUCCCGGCCGCCUUCGCCGACGGCUCCAAGAACGGUGGCGACAAGCACGGGGCCAACAGUCUGAAGAUCACGGAGAAGGUGUCAGGCCAGCACGUGGAGAUCCAGGCCAAAUACAUCGGCACCACCAUCGUGGUCAGGCAGGUCGGCCGCUACCUGACCUUCGCUGUGCGCAUGCCCGAGGAGGUGGUCAAUGCCGUGGAGGACCGGGAUGGUCAGGGCCUCUACCUGUGCCUCCGGGGCUGCCCUCUGAGCCAGCAGAUUGACUUCCGGGCCUUCCAUGCCGCUGAGAGCCGGGGGCCGCACCGCCCAGGCCCCAGUCUCCCUGCCUCGGCCCCGCCCGCGGCUUUCACCUACGAGAUGGCCACAGCCAAGUGCAGGGAGAAGCUGCCCGUGGAGGACCUUUACUUCCAGUCCUGCGUGUUCGACCUCCUGACCACAGGGGACGUGAACUUCACUCUGGCCGCAUACUAUGCGUUCGAGGACGUCAAGUCGCUGCACUCCGACAAGGACCGGCUGCACCUGUACGAGAGGACUCGGGACCUGGCGGGAGGAGCCACGUGCUCGGGCCCGUCCUGGGCCCCGCUCCUGGCCCUCGGAGCCCUGGCGGGGUCAUGGGCAUCUGUGGGCCUCUAGGUGUCGGCCAGUAUGGGCCUAUAGGUGUCCAGCUUGAAGUCGAGUGAGCUGAGCGGGAGGGAGAAGGGAGCGGGGAUGGUGGCUGCCCUUUCUGAGAACUCGGGCCCUCUUGGGUCUAGUCUGAGGUUGUGGGGAAAGAGGAGGCUUUCACGAUCAGCUGGGAGUCCCCUCCCUCCAGGGCUACCUCCUCCACAAUCCCUUAGCUCGACACCUCCAAAGGAAAAUGAUGUGAGACCCUGGAGAAGUGGGCCGGUCUUCUCCAGUAUCACGGGGACUGUUAUUUCACACCGACUUUCCUUUGCCCUCCCAUCUCCCUCUCCUCCUUCCCCUUAAAACACCUAAGCCUGGGCGGUUGAGGACAGGUUGAGUUCCCUCUGACACCCCUCCACCCCCACCUUGUUGUCAUGGUGCCAUCUGGUCUGUGAUGACUGGGAUCCUGCGUGUGUGAUGGUAAGCUUCAUGUUUGGGGACGGGAGACUGCUAUUUGGCCAUUACAGUGAAGGGGGUGUCAAAUGGUCUUCUUUCCUACCCCCUCCCCUCUCCUUACACCCAUUGCCCACCGGUCCACUGGAUGAAUGUGCAAACCACAUGAUCCUCUCUGCUGAAAGUCCUGGAAAGACAGACCACCAUCUCCCAGCCCUCCCACCCCAUUCAGAGAUUUCCUCUGUGCUCAUGCACGCACACACUCAAACACACACACACUUACACAAGCAUAUACACACACAGCUUGACAGCCAAGUGUGCACUGAAACAUGCACCCUUGACAUGGCAUGCACUGAAACUGAUUCACACAUUGGACGUACGUCCAGGUCCAGCCACCCGCACCCCUACAGAUACCUAGGUUGAUCCAGCCAGGCCCAAGUGGCCAUCCAAAUGCCCACACUGAACCCUGGUCUGGGCACACACCCAGGGAUGGUCAGAACACUCCGAGCGCUUCCCUCCCUCCCCCCGAAGUGGUGCAAUGAUCCUGAGAUCAGUGGCAGCCGAGCUGUGCAGAUCCGGGGAGGGGAAGUGCAAGAUUCGUCAGAGCCCAGUAGUCGCAGGUAGCUCUCAUGGCCCUACUUACAUGCCAACAGGGAAACAGUGGGUGCCAUCCAAAUAGACGUCCCUGGAUCCUCCAAGUGAUAUUGUCUUUGGCCAUCCAGGUGUCUCUCUUUGGACGAUGACCCAGGAGCCAGGAGCAAGGAUCCUAGAGAGUUUGUUGGGGGGGCAGGGAGGGGUUCCAGGCCCAGCCAGCGUCCAUCCGUCACAUCCUACCAGAUAGAGAAACACCAUUUGUAAAGCAGUAGGGAAACGCAACUUGUGUCUUGGAUGUAAUUUAUAUUGUCUCUAAUAUAUAGAACCCUUCACAUUGAUCCUAUGUGACUGUGCAUAUGAAGAGAUGUAAUUGGUUUUCAAUGUUUAAGCAGAGAAAAGAUGUGUUUACUACUUCUGUUCCUUCCUCGUGUGGUGGUGGCAACUGUUUCUUGAUAGGGAGAUGUAGAGUAGGGGUAUGGCAGCAAAGCCAACCCAGAGAUUUCCCCAAGCAAUGGGGCCAGCUGGCCUGCCCUGUUCACCUCCGUUUUUUCAGCCUCUUGGCCUCAGAGGAUUUGCUGGCCUCCCAGGAAUGGCAACCAUGGGACAAGCCUCAGAGGAGAGAUGUUUCAGGAUGUCCCCUUCAUUCUUUCAACCCACCACUCAGAAUUCUGGGACAUGAGGAGAGAAGGUGGGUCAGGGAGGAGGUCUGGUCCUCCUAGUUGCUCCAUCCCAGGCCUUGGAAGGGGCACUCCGGUUUCUGAUGGGGUGGAUAGCAGGGAACCUGCCUCAGUUUUCAGUCCUGUACAUCCCCAAUCCUGUAAGGGAGGAAAUUGCUCCUUUGCCCUCUCUCCUCUGGCUUUCUCCUCUUGGGUUCUUCUGUCUUCUGCAGGCCAGAUUACCAGUCAUCCCAGCCCCCUUUCCAUGGUGAAACAGGUGGGUUUUCCUUAGGAUUUGGGAACCAGCUCCAAGACCCACAAUCCCAGCCCCUAGUAGCCCCAGCAGCCCCUGGGCCCAGGCUUUUCAGUGACACCUCCUGCUCCCCCAAACAAGAAAGGGGUGUUCUGCCUCGUUGGUCAGUGCAGGUUAUCUUGAGGAAGGGUCUCUGCCUUGCAGGGCCUGCUCCCUGGUGCAUGGCCCUUCUUCAGGACCCCCUCCAUGCACUGACUCAACGCUCCUCUUGGUUGCUCCCAAUAUUGAUUUAGAGGGGAGUUGAGGCCCUCCCCAUACAAUAAGAGCUCGCUGGGUUCUGAGCCAUUUAGUUCUCUCUGCCAAAGCCACAUAGCCGAGGAGGAUGGAGAAUGCCUGCUUGCUCGUUGGUGGAAUUGCCCUUUGUUAGGAGUUAAACAAGUGAAGCACUUUAUUUUAGUUGUGUUUGACCGUGUUCUGGUUACAGGUGAAGACACCUCACCACAUCCAUGUGUGUAAGACCUAUGAGGAGUGUCACCACGUGUACAUACUGUAAAUUAUUUAUUGAUCAACAAAAUGCAAGUAAAGUUUGGGGUUUUUUUUUUGACA